AAUUAUUGCAUAUUAUAAUGUUACUAUUCUAGAGAAACGAUAUCGUGAAAAUAUAAGAGAGAAAAAUAAUUGUGUAAUAAAUAAUAUAUCAAGCCGAGGUGUAGUAGAAUGAUUUUUCGAGUUCUGUACGACAGUCGACAUCUGACUAACAAAAUGAAUGUGUUCGAUAAGCAUUAUCACACAUAUCGUACUAUAAUGAAAAUCGUAGGACUAUGGCCGUACAAUAACUCGAUUUAUGUGUGGAUUCAGCGAUUAUGGUUCUUAACGUUUCUUUUUGCCAAUGUAGUAUUUCAGAUUGUAUCACUUUUAACUUCUGAAAUUACUUUACAAAACUGUGUUUUAAUAUUGUCUACAACAUGUCCACUUAUAAUAGUUUUGUUUCGAUAUAUCAGUUUAAUACUAUUUUUUCCUAUGAUAAAACUUUUAUUUCAUCACAUAUGUAUGGAAGAAGCUAUGGUACAAGAUUCAAUAGAAGCACAGAUACGAAGAAAAUAUAUCGAUGAUUCCUGUUAUAUGAUCGAGAUUUUUUUCUGGAUGACUUAUGCAACUAUUGCAUUCUGCAGUAUAUUGUUAUUGUAUCCUAUAAUAUUGGAUUUUAUAAUGCCUUUGAAUGAAUCUCGUAUACGCAUCGUUCAUUAUAUUACAAUAUUUUCUGAUGAAAAAAUCAUAUAUGUUGAUAUUCUUUGCUUGAAUUAUAUGCUUCUUACGAUAUUAGUAAUAUUAUCUGCAACAUGUACGGAAUCGAUACUUGGACUUUAUAGUUAUCACACAAGCAUGUUAUUUAAAAUUAUAGGCCAUCGAAUACAAAAGAUUGUUAUGUAUUUGACUAUAUUUAAUCUCUCAUCGAAACAAAUUGAUUCGAAACUUCCAGAGCUUUAUCGCAUAGUGGACAUUCAUAAUCAAGCUAUCGAGUUGCUAUUAAAUGCGAUUCUAAUUAAGAACGAUCAAUUAGAAAUUUUAUUGUCUUUUAUAUUUUUUACUAUUCAAUUGGUGAUUACGUUCUUGAAUAACAAUAGUAAUCAAAUACUUAUAGACAACAGUCAAGAAUUUUUUGUCGAAUUAUAUAUUUCUAUAUGGUAUUUUGUACCGUUAAAAGUACAAAAGAUUUUACUGUUGAUCAUGAUACGGAGCUCAACAACAUGUAUGAUUAAUAUCUUGGGUGUAUUUACUCCAUGCUAUAUAGGAUUUUCGAAGAUGUUAAGUACAUCGUUUUCAUAUUUUACCUUGAUGCAUUCGAUACAAUAAAAUCGAUACUUUCAUAGACGUAUUAGUAUUAAAUCAAACAAUUAUUAUCACUCUUCGUUAUUUGAUAUUUGUCCUAUCAAUAUUA